GGGGGCUGCGGCACCGCCCGCGCGGGCUGGGGCGUCGGCGGGGGGAGGAGGAGGAUGAGCCGCCGGCCUUCCCCCGCCCCCCGCUGCUGACGCCGCUGCUCACCGUGCUGCGGGCCCGGCGCCGCCGCGCACACCGGCCAUGGUGCCCAGCGAGGAGAGCCAACUCGUCCCCAGAGAGGAUAUGUUUUGGAGUUGCAGACAAAGUAUCUUUGCGGAAAUGAAGAAGAAAUUUUCACAGGUGGAAAGUGCUGCUGAAGAACCCAGAGUGCUGUGUAUAAUACAAGAUACCACAAAUUCCAAGACAGUGAAUGAGCGUGUUACCUUGAACCUGCCAGCUUCCACCCCGCUUAAAAGGCUAUUUGAAGAUGUGGCUUCAAAAGUGGGCUAUGUGAAUGGAACUUUUGAUUUAGUGUGGGGAAAUGGAGAUAAUGUAACAGAUACGCAGACUCCAAUAGAUCAGAACAGUGACAAAACUAUUCUUGAUGCUGGUUUUGAGCCAGGGAAGAAGAACUUUCUGCAUUUGACAGACAAAGAUGGUGAGCAACCUCAUAUAAUACCGGAGGAGUCAGGUACAACAGAUGAGAGUACGCAAGACAGAUUUAUAGGCCCUCUUCCAAGAGAAUGCUCUGUUGGCUGUACCAAUGACUAUGUCAGUCAAAGCUACUCUUAUUCUUCAGUCCUGAGCAAAUCGGAGACAGGUUAUGUGGGGCUAGUAAAUCAAGCCAUGACUUGCUACUUGAACAGCCUUCUGCAAACACUUUUCAUGACUCCUGAAUUUAGAAAUGCGUUAUAUAAGUGGGAAUUUGAAGAAUCUGAAGAGGAUCCUGUGACGAGUAUCCCCUACCAGCUUCAAAGACUGUUUGUUUUACUGCAGACCAGCAAAAAAAGAGCAAUUGAAACAACAGAUGUUACACGGAGUUUUGGAUGGGAUAGCAGUGAGGCGUGGCAGCAACAUGAUGUGCAGGAGCUUUGUAGAGUCAUGUUUGAUGCUUUGGAACAGAAAUGGAAGCAAACGGAACAGGCCGAUCUUAUAAAUCAGCUGUAUCAAGGCAAACUGAAGGACUAUGUAAGAUGUCUAGAAUGCGGCUACGAAGGCUGGAGAAUUGACACUUACCUGGAUAUUCCUUUGGUCAUCCGGCCGUAUGGCUCCAACCAGGCGUUUGCUAGCGUGGAAGAAGCACUGCAUGCUUUCAUUCAGCCCGAAAUUCUUGAUGGCCCCAAUCAGUAUUUUUGUGAACGAUGUAAGAAGAAAUGUGAUGCAAGGAAGGGUCUGCGGUUCUUGCAUUUUCCAUAUCUGCUGACAUUACAGCUGAAGAGAUUUGACUUUGAUUAUACCACUAUGCACAGAAUUAAACUCAAUGAUCGUAUGACUUUUCCUGAAGAGUUAGACAUGAGUGUCUUCAUUGAUGUUGAAGAUGAGAAGUCUCCUCAGACCGAGAGUUGCACUGAUAGUGGAGCUGAAAAUGAGGGCAGUUGUCACAGUGAUCAGAUGAGCAAUGAUUUUUCUAAUGAUGAUGGAGUUGAUGAAGGAAUCUGCCUCGAAAGCAGUAGUGCAGCAGAAAGAAUUUCUAAAGCUGGCAGUGAAAAGAGUUCCUUACUGUAUGAGCUCUUUUCUGUUAUGGUUCAUUCUGGAAGUGCUGCUGGUGGCCAUUAUUAUGCCUGUAUAAAAUCUUUUAGUGAUGACCAGUGGUACAGCUUUAAUGAUCAGCAUGUUAGCAAGAUAACUCAGGAAGAUAUUAAGAAAACGUAUGGUGGGUCUUCCGGAAGCAGAGGCUAUUAUUCCAGUGCUUUUGCUAGCUCCACAAAUGCAUACAUGCUGAUAUAUAGACUGAAGGAUCCAACAAGAAAUGCAAAGUUUCUUGAAGCACAUGAGUAUCCAGAGCAUAUUAAACAAUUGGUACAGAAAGAGAGAGAACUGGAAGAACAAGAAAAGAGGCAACGUGAAAUUGAGCGCAAUACUUGCAAGAUUAAAUUGUUCUGCAUGCAUCCUACAAAACAAAUAAUGAUGGAGAACAAAUUAGAGGUUCAUAAGGACAAGACACUGAAGGAAGCUGUGGAAAUAGCUUACAAGCUAAUGGAUUUAGAAGAAGCUGUUCCUUUGGAUUGCUGUCGUCUUGUCAAAUAUGAUGAGUUUCAUGAUUAUUUGGAACGAUCUUAUGAAGGAGAAGAGGACACACCAAUGGGUUUAUUGCUUGGAGGUGUCAAAUCAACAUACAUGUUUGACUUGCUGUUAGAAACAAGAAGACCUGACCAAGUGUUCCAGUGUUACAAACCUGGUGAGGUCAUGGUAAAGGUUCACGUAGUUGACCUAAAAACUGAAUCUGUUGCUCCUCCAAUAAGUGUCCGAGCUUACUUGAAUCAAACAGUUUCAGAAUUUAAACAACUGAUGUCAAAGGCUACGCAUCUGCCUGCUGAUACUAUGCGGGUAGUAUUAGAACGUUGCUACAAUGACUUGCGUCUUCUGAACGUUUCCAGCAAAACACUGAAAGCCGAAGGCUUUUUUAGAAGCAACAAGGUAUUUAUUGAAAGCUCAGAGUCUUCAGAUCGUCACGUGGCAUAUACAGAUUCUCAUUUAUGGAGACUUUUGGAUCGUCAUGCAAACACAAUCAGGCUAUAUGUUUCAUUACCAGAGCAAUCGCCUGGAUCUCAGUUUAGACGAACAGUUUAUCAGAAGCCUAGUGGAGUUGCAGGCAACUUGGUUGAAGCCUGUGGAAGAGUGAAAGGACCUGUGGGUAAUAUGAAAUCUGUAGAGGCGAUUCUGGAAGAAAGUACUGAAAAGCUUAAAAGCUUGUCCCUGCAGCAGCAGCAGGAGGGGGAUAAUGGAGACAGCAGCAAAAGCACAGAAGCCAGUGAUUUUGAGAACAUUGAAUCACCUACAAAUGAAAUAGACUCUUCAGCAUCUGCAGAGAACAGAGAAAUUGAAAACCAAAUUCAGAUUUCCGAUCCAGAAAAUCUCCAGUCUGAGGAACGGUCAGAUUCAGAUGUAAAUAAUGACAGGAGUACAAGUUCAGUGGACAGCGAUAUCCUCAGCUCCAGUCAUAGCAGCGAUACUUUAUGCAACGUGGAUAAUACACCACUUCCCUUGGCUAAUGGACUUGAUUCUCAUAGUAUCACAAGUAGCAGGCGAUCAAAAGCAAAUCAGGGGAAGAAAGAAACCUGGGACACAGCAGAAGAGGAUUCUGGAACAGAUAGUGAAUAUGAUGAAAGCAGCAAGAGCAGAGGAGAAGCACAGUAUAUGUACUUUAAGUCAGAACCCUACGCUGCAGAUGAAGGUGCAGGAGACGGACAAAAAUGGCUUAUGGUGCAUGUUGACAAAAGAAUUACACUGUCUGCCUUCAAGCAACAUUUGGAGCCUUUUGUCGGAGUUCCAUCUUCUCACUUCAAAGUCUUUAGAGUCUAUGCCAGCAAUCAAGAAUUUGAGAGUGUUCGGCUGAAUGAGACACUUUCAUCAUUUUCUGAUGACAAUAAGAUAACUAUUAGACUUGGAAGAGCCCUUAAGAAGGGUGAAUACAGAGUCAAAGUCUAUCAACUUCUGGUAAAUGAGCCAGAGCCAUGCAAGUUUCUUCUAGAUGCGGUUUUUGCUAAAGGAAUGACUGUCCGGCAGUCAAAAGAAGAGCUGCUUCCUCAGCUUCGAGAACAAUGUGGCCUAGACUUGACAAUUGACAGGUUUCGCCUCCGAAAGAAAACCUGGAAGAACCCAGGCACUGUGUUUUUGGAUUAUCAUAUCUAUGAAGAAGAUAUUAAUAUUUCAAGCAAUUGGGAGGUCUUCUUGGAAAUACUUGAUGGAAUAGAAAAGAUGAAAUCCAUGUCACAACUCGCUGUUCUGUCAAGACGAUGGAGGCCAUCAGAGAUGAAACUAGAUUCUUUCCAGGAAGUAGUGCUAGAAAGCAGCAGUGUUGAAGAAUUAAAAGAGAAGCUGAGUGAAAUUAGCGGAAUAGCUUUAGAAAACAUAGAAUUUGCGAAGGGCAGAGGAACGUUUCCAUGCGACAUUUCCAUACUAGAGAUUCACCAAGACUUGGACUGGAAUCCUAAAGUAUCUACAUUGAAUGUCUGGCCUCUGCACAUUUGUGAUGAUGGUGCAGUAAUAUUUUAUAGGGAUAAGACUGAAGAAUUAAUGGAAUUAUCAGAUGAGCAGAGAAAUGAACUGAUGAAAAAGGAAAGCAGCAGACUGCAGAAAACUGGACACCGGGUAACCUACUCUCCUCGUAAAGAAAAAGCACUAAAAAUUUAUCUGGAUGGAGCGCCAAAUAAAGAUUUGACUCAAGACUGAUACUUGCUAUAGCAGUUUCCCUGGGGAAUUUUUUUGUUUAAAAUAAAAAGGUUCACUACUACUGUGUAGUGCCAUUACGGCAGGACACUCAUUAGGUGUAACGCGCUGACACCAGCACUGGUUGGGCUGUGUUCCCAAUCAGAAGCACAGUGCCCCGUCGGGUCACUGUUUGACUUGGAAUCAUGUUGUGCACUAUAGUCAAAUGUACUGUAAAGCUAAAAGGGAUGUGCAAAUAAAAGAUUAGAAUUAAAAAGUGGGCGGGGAGGGAAACGAGUGGAAAUUCUUGAGGACAGUGUGCACAUAGUAGCUAGUGAAACUAGCCUCCAACAGGAUACUCAUAGCUUAAUAAUAAAAGCUGUGCAAAGGCCAUGAAAGAAUCCUUUUUUCUAUUGUUUCACUGAUACACGCAUUACCUCAUCAGAGAGUCUGAAGUAAAUGUUAACACAUUGGUUCUAGAAAAGCAGCAGCAAAGAGUUGAAGAUGAAAUGGAGGUGCUGCACGUCUGAGGUUUUAGAAAAUUCUUCCAUAGACCAGUCUGAAGUGUCUGCAGAAAGCUGCCAGCAGGUGUCAGUUUGCAGGGCAGAAGUGCUGUUGUAAGGUAAACUGGUUUUUAAUAGGUUACGGAAGCGGAUGAGCGGCUCUAUUCUAUUGCGUUCAAUGUGUAAAUAAACUUUGCCCUGUCCAACUAACAGAACCGCCGUUCAGCUAUUUACCAUGGUAUUUCUUUUCACAUAUCAACAGUCACUGUGUACAUUUGGAAGUCUAGUUGCCUAUUUAAAUUUGUAUUCAUUUGAUGUUUGACAAGGCUGGGUACUUUAGGGUUGUAUUUUCCCUUGUUAAUGAAGUUUUUGUUUUGUUCAGCUACUUUUUCUACAUUUUGUUUCUGAGACUAUUAUAAGUUUGCAUCUUCUCCACCCACUGAAAGUCAUUUUCUUUUUCCCAGAGUUGGUACCAUAGUUGUGUGUAGUCAGAUACUUGGGAACCUCUAACACCUCAGCAUACAAACUGGGUAGUUCAGGUUGUGGUGCAAAGACUGAUGCAGUCAACAUGAUUUCAUUGCAAAGCCUAGGAACAGCAAUUUCUUGCUUUGGUCCAUAAAGAUCAAUAGAGAACAAUUCUCCAUAGAUUUUGGAAAACCACCUGAUUUAUAACAAUCAAAAGAUUUUGGUAAACUUUUUCAUGCCAGAUGCUGUUUACAACAAUGAACACGCCAAUAAAACAUUUGUUCAUUCCGUUGUGUUAUUUUAAUCAUUAAAUGCUGGGGGUUUUAUUUGAAAAAUUACAGAAUUAUUUCAUGGAAAUGCUGACAUUUCCAAGGUGCUGUCAGAUUUUUCUUCGGCUGUAAGUUUCUUUUUCCUGUAUUGAAUUCCUCACCAGUAAAACUUCUGAGCUACAGAUAUGAUGGGCAACUAAUUUCUUCUCCAGAAAGGAAAACUGAAUAACUGAAUGUUCAGUUCUUCCUUGCAUGCUGAUGCACAGCAACCUAAGGAUCCUGAGGAAACUGACAGCUUGAGAGCCAGGCCCUGCACAGAGGAGUUCCCUCCUUCUCUCUUCUGUUUGGCCUGUGCCACCUCUUGUCCAGUGCAGAUGAGGUGCAGGCAGGAGCAAAGGAAGCAUAGAGUGAGUACUACUCCAUAGGUAGAGUAUUCCAUUAAACUACAAUUUAUUUACAUAUGGAUAAAGACUAUUGAAGGAUUCUUAGAGGCUUUGGAAGAGAGAAAACUAGUAACUAUCAAAUGGGUCAUGGAUUUUCUUCAAACUUGUUUAUUUGGAGAGAGAAAAACUUAAAGAUGGAAUUAAAAAAAAAAACUAGAGAUGAAAUAAGGGAGGGUUAAGAAUAGAAUUCCCAAAACUGCUUAAUUCCUACCCCUAUUUGGGGAACUUAUGUUGAACUUCUUAGAAGAAGUUAAUUUUAAACCUUUAAGUCUCGACAGAAAUCUGGAUAGAGGACUGAGGGGCAUCCUCACAGUGAUUGCCUGUCACUAGCAAACUUCCCUCUGCGUUUGUUUACUGGAAUGUUCUGGGUUGCUCUGGGUGAUAUUUUCAGCAUCUGCUUUGCAUUCUGAUAAUUUCAAAUGUUUUUGAGUUUGACCAUGAGCAUGUUAAAGAAAUAAAAAUCAAGAAUCUCCAAUGUGCUUAGAUCAGAAGAAAUCUUACUAAACUUCUCCUGAAUACCAGCACACUAUCUUUUGGGGACUGAGGCACUGAGAAACCUGAUGGGAGAAAUAACCUUAUCCUUAUAUGGAACACCAUGUACAUACAGUGAAGUAUGUAAGUACUCUCAUGAAUAAUACUUCUCACGAAGUAUUUUUUUUAACAGGAAAAUUGUAAUGAUAUUUAAUUCCUCAUCCUCUAUAGAUGGGCUGUCUCAAAAGCAGUCAUUUUAUUAAAGGUAGAAAGGGCAGGUAAAUUCAAAAUUCAGUGAUCCGUGUAUGUGUACGUGUGUUAGUGUGAGAACUGGUAGAAAUGAAUUCUUAAAGUCAGACCAUUCUGAUGAAAUAGCCUUUCUGUUCAUAAUAAUGGUUAUUACUGUUAAUUCUGGUACCCAAGGAGUUGGCUCAGAAGCUUUUGUAGACUGGAAAUGCUGAAAGACUUGCAGGCUGGGUGCAGCGUCUUGUAGGUGCUCUUGCUAUAUUACUGGUGCUCUGCUGUUCCAAGUGAGACAUAAGCAGUAGGGAUUAUUUGGGAAGAAGCUCCACAAAAAGGCACUUGGCUGGAGCCUAAUGUUCUUUUACCAUGUGCAAUAACAGAUGGUGAAAUCUGUACCCAAAAAAACAUUGGUAGUGGAGGAGCCAUUGUAGCAAACUGUUGAGGGAGUCAGGGAGCUUAAUAGCAAGCUGAGUAAAAUCUGAUCCAUCAAUUUCUUUACCAUCCCAAGCAAUCAUUGAUUUAUGAUAAUCACAUUUUGUAAUACACAGAGAUUUAUGCCUAUGGAAGUGUAUUAAAAGCACAAACCAUUCCUCGAGUUUUUUCUGGCUGUAAUAGAGUCAAAUAGGAGAAACACAAGUCUGUAAAUGCAAGAAGAUAUUUAGGUUGUCUUUCUGCUAAACUGAAGUAAUGAUUCGGUGCCUCAAAAAGGGAUAGGUGAGGAUGGAGCACAGUCAACAGAUUCUUUAAUUGACAUUACCCAAUGUCAUGUUCAUAUCGUGCAGAACACUGCCACGUACAUGCACUGUAUUUAGCUCUAGCGUAGGCAAAGCUUUGUAACUGCAGCUGCACUAAUCUCCUGUAUAUUGACACUUACAUAUCCAGUGUACAACAGAGAAUCCAUAUUCUUUGUAUUCAGCCUAUUUAAGCUGUUCUGCAAUUUUAGAUAGUGUGUUUUGCUCUUGAGAGAGAGAGCCUUGAACAGUGAAGCUGAAAGUUUCUGUAUGUGGGAACCAAUGUGUUAUAGGGGUGGAAGUACGUACACGCUAUUUGCUACUUUUAUGGAAAAUGUUGUAGGCUUUUUUUUUUUUUGACAGUCUGCCCUUUCUGUAGUGGGGGAGGCCAGGGCCAUUCUAUAUGCGAGUAGAAAAUUCAAGAGAUUCUUUAGCUACGGAACAGCAGUUCUGAAGUUGCAGUGAAUGCUGCUGCAGGACAGUUGGCAUCCAUUGUAUGCAGCUGAAAAGAAACUCUGAGUAUACUCAUCAAAAA